UCCUGUUCUUUUUAUAGCCCGGCAGCUGAAAUGUGAGGGGUCACAAUGGCAGGAUAAAUACAAGAGCCAGCAGACUGAAGGGGUGUCGCAGACGAAGGCCUGAUCUCCUCUCUAUCCUCCCAGCACUGCUUCUAUAGCCAAAGAGUCAGGAUGCCUCACGCAUACCCCUUCCUCACUCCUGAGCAGAAGAAGGAGCUUAACGAUAUCGCUCAAAGGAUCGUUGCAUCUGGCAAAGGGAUCCUUGCUGCGGAUGAAUCUACUGGCAGCGUGGCCAAGCGCUUCCAGAGCAUCAAUGCUGAGAACACAGAGGAGAACAGGAGGCUGUACCGUCAGCUGCUCUUCACUGCCGACGACCGUGUCGACCCCUGCAUUGGCGGCGUCAUCCUCUUCCAUGAGACCAUGUACCAGAAAACUGAUGAUGGCAAGCCCUUCCCCCAGCAUCUGAAGGAGAGAGGUUGGGUGGUGGGCAUCAAAGUGGACAAAGGUGUUGUCCCUCUGGCAGGAACCAACGGAGAGACAACCACCCAAGGUCUCGAUGGUCUGUAUGAGCGCUGUGCCCAGUACAAGAAGGAUGGUGCUGACUUUGCCAAGUGGCGUUGUGUUCUAAAGAUUACACCAACUACUCCUUCAAGACUGGCCAUCAUUGAGAACGCCAAUGUCCUGGCCCGCUAUGCCAGCAUCUGCCAGAUGCAUGGCAUUGUUCCCAUUGUGGAGCCUGAGAUCCUGCCUGACGGUGAUCACGACCUGAAGCGUUGCCAGUAUGUCACUGAGAAGGUGCUGGCCGCUGUGUACAAGGCCCUGUCUGACCACCACGUCUACCUGGAGGGCACACUCCUCAAGCCCAACAUGGUGACAGCUGGACACUCCUGCUCACACAAAUACAGCAACCAAGAGAUCGCCAUGGCAACAGUCACUGCACUGCGCCGCACAGUGCCCCCUGCAGUCCCUGGCAUCACUUUCCUGUCCGGGGGUCAGUCUGAGGAGGAGGCCUCAGUGAACCUCAAUGCCAUCAACACAUGUCCCCUGCACAAGCCCUGGGCCCUGACCUUCUCCUAUGGCCGCGCCCUGCAGGCUUCUGCGCUCAAAGCCUGGGGAGGCAAGAAGGAGAACGGAAAGGCCUGUCAGGAGGAGUUUGUGAAGAGAGCUCUGGCUAACAGCCAGGCCUGCCAGGGCAAAUAUGUUUCCUCUGGAUCCAGUGCUGCUGGUGGAGAAUCACUCUAUGUGGCCAACCACGCUUAUUAAACAUGGACACUACAGCUUGAAUCUCACUCUCACCGUGUAGUCAAUAUCUCCACAAACAUUGCAUCAGGCAACAUCCACAUAACUGUCUAACAACCAAAAAACUGUACUUUUAUAACAGAAAGUGAAACUUCCUACAGAAAAAAAGUUCUUCCUCCAUUCCCUUUUAUUUGUUUGCAGGUGAUGUAUUUACACAUGUUGCACCAGCUAUUCCUUGGUACUUUUCCAUCAAAUAUAAAAUUUAUAUUUUCACCAAAGAAUAAAGUAUUACCUUAA